AGUACCCGGAGCCCCCCCACAUUAAAGAGGAACAGCUUCAAGGGCUGGAGGAGGCUCUUGUGAAGAAUGAAGAUGAUGAAGAGGAAGAUCAGUCCUUAGAGCUUGAUCAGAGACAAACUGAACACAUGGAGACAGAAGGUGGUGGAGAGGACUGUUCAGGACCAGAACCUGACAGGAACUCGGGUCCAGAUUGGCCUACAGAACCAGAUACUGGUGAGGAGACUGGAGACUCAUCUGAACCUGAGACUGAUGAUAGGAAUGAGACCAGAGCACCUCAGUCAGGUUUAAACUCUCAUACGAAUGAUAAAGGUCCCAUCAGUGUUUCAAGAGGUAGAACAGGUGAGAAACCUUUGAGCUGUUCUAAAUGUAAGACAACAUUUGGUUGCAGUAAACAGCUGAAGAUACACAUGAAGACCCACGCAUCAGAGAAACCGUUCAGCUGCUCAGAGUGUGGUAAGUGUUUCACUGCAAUUGGAAGCCUGAACACUCACAUGAGAUGUCACACAGGGGAGAAACCAUACAGCUGCUCAGAGUGUGGUGAGCGCUUCACUCAACGUGGAAGUCUAACUACUCACAUAAGGCGUCACACGGGGGAGAAACCUUUCAGCUGCUUAGAGUGUGGCAAGUGUUUUACUCAAAGUGGAAGUCUAAAGUCUCAUAUGAGAUGUCACACGGGGGAGAAACCUUUCAGCUGCUCAGAGUGUGGUAAAUGUUUCUCUAUAAGAGGAAGUCUGAAGUCUCAUAUGAGAUGUCACACAGGGGAGAAACCGUUCAUCUGCUCAGAGUGUGGUAAAUGUUUCUUUACAAGUAGCAGUCUGAAGAUACACAUGCAAUAUCACAGAGGGGAGAAACCAUUCAGCUGCUUGCAAUGUGGUAAAUGUUUCACUGAAGUUAAAAGUUUAAACAUUCACAUGAGACGUCACACAGGGGAAAAACCGUACAGCUGCUCAGAGUGUGGUAAAUGUUUCUCUUUAAGUGGAAGUCUGAAGAAGCACAUGAAAUGUCACAUCGGGGAGAAAGUUUUCAGCUGCUCAGAGUGUGGUACACGUUUUUCUCAAACUAUCUGUUUGAGGACGCAUUUAUGUCCAAAUCUAAAAGUCCACAUGCAAACUCAAUGAGAAUCCCCAUUAGCCCAUUGUACCAACCCUCCCUUGAUUACAUCACCAUCACGGUUGCCCACUUUAGUUUUAAAUACAUGACAUCUAGCUGACGCUUUUAUUCAAAGCGACUUACAAUAAGUGCAUUUCCACAUAGAGAUACAAACUCAGAAGAACAAGUAAGAAAGUACAUGCAGCUCUCAUAGAAAAGGUUUAAAGUCUUAUCAGACCAAAGACCUUUUGUAUUUUGGAUCACCCAGAUUUUGUAGACUGAACAUUUGACUUUUGUGCCGUCUUUUUUCCGACUGUUUCAUUGAAUUGAUUUCUGUAUGAAGAAAAUCAGACCUCCAUAAAUAUGUAAACGGUAAAAUUGAAAACUUUUAUUAGCUGUUUGUGUCGAUUAACGACACUUUUGAGCGUCUUCUUAUUGAGGCUGACAUUAUUAAUGCCCAGAUACUGGAACACCUCACCUCAAAGGUUGAGUCAUCAUUACCUUCUUCAGGGGUAGUAGCAAUGUCUUCAGCUGUUAUGGAAAUGUUCGAUACCUUUUUCACACAUUUCAGUUUCAAAGAUCCUAAAGUGACUUAAACAUCUUAAUCUCGUUUAGAGGAUUCAUUUCUUGUAUAAAACAUACAUAUCUUUGUUUGAAGACACAUUUUUGUUCAUGCAAGUACCCUCACUUACCCAUUUUACAUUAAUUCAUUUUAGUAGUUUUGAAACCAGUCCUUUUACACUUUAAGUUAACUUUUUAUCUUUUUACUCCGAUUUGAAGUUACAGUUGAGACUGCAUUAUUAUUGUUGUUUCCCUUUGUGUUUUGGUGGCACUGUUUAGCGUUUGGGUACCGAGAACCGGAGCCAUAUUGGUACCUGCUGCUUGUGCAGCUACAGCAGCUAGCUAGCCAGCUGCCAGACCUGUGCGUGCACGUGGCCACCAGUGGUCACAGCGUGAAGCCGAGUAGCGUGUUCUGCACGUGACUCCAUUUCCUCACGUGCAAUUUGAAGAAAACUUGUUUUAGCAAUACAUUUUUAAAAAAUCAUUAAGAGGCAACAGUAUCGAGGAAAAAUCCCAAACGAUACUCAUCCUUAUUUACAGUUUUUACGGAUUUUUAUGUUCCAUAUUUGAUGAUAUUGUCAGCAUAUUACUAAGUUUUCAUGUUAGAGACAAAUAUCAGAAGGCUUUUAAUGUGUUCAUGCAUUGACUUUUUCUUUUUUAUAUUUUUCUUUUUUUAUUAUUAUUAUUUUUUUGUUUUGUUGGUGUAACACAUUCUUCUGUGGCCAGUGAAGGUCAUGAAGAUGUGUGCCAAGGACUUCAGGGCCAAGCACACUCUGGACGGUACGGCAAAUAGUGCAUUUAUUCACAGUUUGUCAUCUCCCUCGGCAUAUAAAACAUGCCGCUUUCAGAAAAGCGCAGUGCCACACAGACCAUCUGUGGGAUGGUGAGAGCAGGCUUCAGACCCAGCAGUCUGCACAAAUAACGGAUUCCAUCUCCAGAAAAUCUAUACUUCUCAUGCAGGUACUCGUGGGGAACAGCUAAAGGGUCUGAUCUGAACACCAUCUGACGUCUGAAAGCACGUCUUAAUAUCAGCGCUAAGUACAAAGAAACAUAUCACAGUAAUGUCUUUGUAUCAAGGAAUGUAACCAGAAUGACAUUAAACUUUGAUUUUACAUUUGA